CCCAGGCAGGCGCCCAGCGCAGAGCACAGAGAACAGGACUGAGUUGGCGGGCACAGACUGGCGUGGACAUGCAGACGUUCUGCAGUGCUCUGCUGGCUCUGUGCUGGGCUUUCAGCAGGGGAGAAUCACGAGAGAGCCUCCCGAUGCAGAGCCUGCACUGCUACAACGACUACAAAUCCCAGAUCACUUGCACGUGGCAGGAGUGCAGAGCUGCACAGCGCUUCCUCAAUGUGACUCUUCACCAUAAGAACAGUAUAAACAAGACAAGCACACCAGUCCCAUGUGAACGUCAGGAAGCCAAGGGAUUGCUGGUUUGCCAGGACUCCUGUAUCUGUUGGAUCUGCCACAGGAAAAGCACCCUUUUUACAAUUCAGGAAAAACACAAUUUCACUUUCAAACCUGAUCGGUUGCUGCAGGCCAAGCUGAACAUCAGCCUCUUCCAGAAUGAUAAAGGCAAGACCCCACCGCUAGCUUCAACUCUUGGUUUUUUGAGCCUCUGA